GAAUAGUCUUUUCAAAAUGCAACCGGGUGUCACAAGUGCCGCGCUGAUUCUGGCUGGAGUCGCCUUCUGCUGCCUCGGACAGAUUGGACAAUCGUGUUCAACCAUCGAGCAGCGGUUUAAGUUCAACAAUAGUGACAUCUAUGUCAGGUUGCGCCGUGGUGAAAAACUUCAGUAUGAGGUAAUGAAGAGCAGUACAACUCUGCAGACUGUCACAUUGGACAACUUUGUGACCAGCAGUAAUCUGGAGGCAACCACAACUGGCAGCUACAAGCUAACCGAUGGCACAACGAGCAUCGAGUUCUCGCUGGUCAAGUCCAACUCUACCAUCACCCAUAUUAGAGUGACCCGUGACCAAGUGGUCAAGGGCACACAACCCAAGGACUGCAUUUCUCUCAAUAUUGGUCGCACACAUUGGUACGGUGGCGCAGAACAGAAAGAGCAUUAUUGGCCAGUGGAACGGCAGAAGUAUAGCAACUUCUCAUAUGUACCCAAGGAGCUGGGCAACAUGGGAGUAGCUGAGCGCUACUGGCUGAGCAGUGACGGCUUUUUCCUCUAUGUAAACAACACCACACCACUUUUUAUUGAUCAAAAUUCAGUUGGAUACGAGGGAAAACUCUGCAUGAGCGCUCUCAGCGAGCUUCCUUACGAUACGCGUGUGACAUCGGCCAAGUUUAGUUACGAACUGGCCUUCGCCAAGAAUGCCAAGGUGGCGCAUAUGUAUGCCGUGCAGACGCUGCUAGGUAAGCCAACUGGCUACCCUGACGAAAGAAUGGUUCAAUAUCCCGUCUGGUCUACGUGGGCGCUGUACAAAGCUGAGGUGACUGAUGAGGUUGUACGUGAUUUUGCCCAACAGAUCAUCGACAAUGGCUUCGAAAACAGUCAGCUGGAGAUUGACGAUGAUUGGGAGGAUUGCUAUGGAGCUCUCACGUUCCGGGCAAACAAGUUCCCAGACACUAAGAAGCUGACCGAUGAUCUCAAGGCGUUGGGCUUCCGGGUUACUCUUUGGAUACAUCCAUUCAUUAACAACAACUGCACGGCCAUCUAUGAGACAGCCAAGGAACUUGGCUACCUCGUCCUGGAUCAUGAUGGUAGUGCGGAUACUCAGUGGUGGAACAGCCAGCCAAAGGAUGCAGCUUAUCUGGACUUUACAAAGACGGCAGUGCAGGACUGGUUUACCACUCGAUUGACGCGUCUGCAGACGGAAGAUGGCAUUGAUAGCUUCAAGUUUGAUGCAGGCGAGACCAGUUGGGUGCCCACGGAUCCGGUUCUUCAGGGUGAUGAAUAUCUGACGCCACUUCAAAUCACUACCGACUAUGUGCGGACUGUGGCUAAAUUUGGAAGUAUGGUUGAGGUACGCUCUGCACAGAAUACUCAGGACUUGCCCAUUUUUGUGCGCAUUGUGGAUAAGGAUUCCGAGUGGGGAUGGAACAAUGGUCUGGUCACGCUGAUCACAUCGCUGCUGCAGAUGAAUAUGAAUGGUUAUCCAUUUGUGCUGCCAGACAUGAUCGGCGGCAACGGUUACAAUGAAAAGCCGCCCACCAAAGAACUCUUCCUGCGCUGGCUGCAGGCCAAUGUCUUCAUGCCCAGCUUGCAGUUUUCCUUUGUGCCUUGGAAUUUUGACAACGAAACCAUUGAGAUCAGCAAGACCUUCACGCAAAUGCACUCUGACUACACACCAUACAUCAUGAAGCUCUUCGAGCGAGCCACCGCAACUGGCGAACCAGUUAAUGCGCCACUCUGGUGGAUUUCUCCAACCGAUGCAGUUGCCCAGGGCAUCUACGAUGAAUUUUUACUGGGCGAUGACAUUAUUGCUGCGCCUGUGGUGACUGAAGGUGCAACGAAUCGUGACAUUUACCUUCCCGAAGGACAAUGGACUGACGGCAACAACAGUAGUCUCGUUUACACUGGUCCCGUUUGGCUUAUGGAAUAUGAAGCACCUCUAAACACAUUGCCUUACUUUGUGCGAGUGGGCUUUACCUUGGCUUAAUUUACAGGCUUAGUAUUAUUUUAAACAUUCUUAAACUAUAAUAAGUUACAAGCUUAAUAAAAGACAAUCACAAAUUAUAAAAGGUA